UUUUUUUCAAAAAACGGGGGCAUUUUACAUUUUUUAAUCUAAUUUUUUUCUCAUCCAUCCGCCGAACCCAAAAUUCCCGAGAAACAUCACCGCCGUCCCUGCGAUGGUUGGGUGGGCGGCCGUUCUCGAAGGUCCAAUCAUGCAGCCGUCGGACGGUGAAGAACGGUGACAACGAACGCUGAACACCAAACGCUCGAAUUCGUAAUGGAAGUCUGGACUGGAGGGAAUCCGAAAGAGUACAGAAGAAAACACAGGCACGCAUGCUACGUUUCGAUCGAGGCGGUGAAGAUGACUGCAUUUGUAUUCAUCAGCUUUGAGUAUGAUCAUGCUCUGUUGAAAAAAUUUCCAGUCUUCUGAAGAUGCUCAAAAUGUAUAGACGCUUGAGUUCAUUUUUGCUCCUGUUGGGGUUGAUAUCUGAAGCAGUAUAUGUUCCAUCAUUCGCAGCUUGUUUGGAUGGUGAUUUAUCAGCAUCUGAAGCUUUUCUUAGUUUUAUCAAAGCUAUUGACCCACAAGACAUGCUCGGAAUUGGCACGAACGAAUCAAAGCAACAUCUGCACUUGAAUAAGGUUGAAGGUGUAAAAUAUAGUCGUCAAGGUGCUAUUGUCGAAAUCAGGUUUGAGAAUUUGAACCUCAGUGGCAGAAUUGAUGCAGAUUCUAUCUGCAAGCUUUCUAGUCUAAGAGUUCUUAACUUGGCUAAAAACAACAUCCAAGGAAACAUUCCUAAUUCAAUUGUGUGCUGUACAAGGCUGACCCACUUGAACCUUAGCAACAACAAUUUGAGUGGGGAGUUACCUUUUGUUUUGCCAAAACUCAAACAUCUUAGGAGAAUAGACAUUUCUAACAAUCACUUUACUACCACCUCACCUCAAUUCAAGGAGUUGAAGCAUAGGAAGUCUCUAAGAUCAUGGAUAGCUCGGCGAGACAACAUUAAUGCUAGGGUAGAGGCUGUGUCACCCAUCUCGUCUAGCUCGCAAAGCAGAAAGUAUGAUAGUGGUGGGGGAGCAAACUGGACUGCCUCUAAUAAGUUAAUGUGGUUGAUAAUCAUUAUCAUUGGAGCUGCAACGUUUUUAGUAUUGUCAUUUCUUGUAUGCAAGAGGGCUUCAAAGUUAGCGCUCAAAAAGGAGAUAUUUCAGAAGGCCCUUCAGAAGUCUCCUCCUGUUGCUGCUCUGUCAGCCAUGUCCAGUGAGGUUGAAAAACCUGAUGAAGCCCUUCGAGACCAGAAAGAGCUCGUGUUCUUUAAUGAAGAAGAUGAGCAAUUCAAAGUGGAGGACCUCCUUGAAGCAACAGCUGAUUUACAAAGUCUGAAUGCCUGCACUAGUCUUUUCAAGGUUAGGUUAAAGAGCCAAUAUUAUGCUGUCAAAACAUUGAGGAAAAUGCAGAUAAACUUCGAUGAAUUUCGUAAAACCAUGAGGCUAGUAGGAAAUUUGCGGCACCCAAAUAUUUUGCCACUCGUGGGUUAUUAUUCAGCAAAGGAUGAGAAACUACUGAUCUACAGAUACCAGAGACGUGGAAGUCUGCAUGAACUGCUUGAGAGUUGUAUUGAAGGAAAGCAAAAAUUCCCAUGGAGGAUUAGACUAUCCAUAGCAAGUGGAAUAGCAAAGGGUCUGGGUUUUUUAUACCAAAGAUCAAAUACAGAAGACUCCAUUCCACAUGGGAAUUUAAAACUUUCAAACAUUCUCUUGAACGAAAACAAUGAACCACAAAUCAGCGAAUAUGGGAUCACAAAGUUUCUUGACCCAAAGAGAGUUCAUCUUCUUUCCUCCAAGACGUAUACGGCCCCGGAGAAAAAGCUAUCAGAGAAAGGUGACGUGUAUAGCUUUGGAAUCAUAUUACUUGAAUUGUUAACGGGAAAAAUGGUAGCAAAAGAUGGGAUCAAUCUCCCUAAAUGGGUGAGAGCCAAGGUAAGAGAAGAGUGGACCUGUGAAGUGUUUGAUGAGGAAGUUGCUCGAAAUGCAGAAAAAUGGGCGUUUUCUGUUCUACUUGUUGCCUUAGAUUGUGUCUCUCAUUACCCUGAAGGAAGGCCAACCAUAGCUGAGGCUCUGAAAAAGAUAGAGGAAGUAGUGAAGGUAGUGGAAGAUUGUGAACAACGCAUUUCACCUUUGUCUUCUGAUUUUGGCUCUCCUGGGUCUUGUCGCUAGUACAUCUAUAUACACACAUAGAUAGUAUUUUUGUUUCCUUACCAGGCCCGUUUUGGUUCAUGUCGAACUUGAACCGUUAUUUAUUACUAAGUACCCUUGUGAUGUACAAUAUGGGAUGAUAGGUUUAAAGGUUCAUCGAUACUACAGUUUUCUAUUGUCAUUUGUUUCAUCAUUAUUGAAAACAUUUCUUGCCAACUUUGUUUUGUAUUUUAAUAGAGAUGUGAACUUUUAGUUUUUGGUUGAGAUUA